UACUGAAUCUUGAGUACAUAAGGUUGCGUUGAGUGCGUUUACUUAUUUGAAAUAUUUGUUUGAAUUUAAUAAAGAAAAUUAAUAAAUAAAUAAUACGACGUAAAGUUAUUUGCUUUUAAUUAAAAUAGUUACAACAUUUCAAUAUUGACAAUAACACAAAAAAUAAACAGUAAAAAUGGUUAAGAAUAUAAGUGAAAUGGAAUUCAAGAGUAAUUUUUCCAUUGAAUCUAUACUCUCGAACAAAUCGAAAACUGUGAAUUGUAAAAUUGCGCCCAUAAAUGACCCAGUUCUUACGGAUAUGUGUUCAUCUGAUGGGGAACUUUCCGGUUCGGAAGAUUUCGAAAACCAAAAUUCAAGAACUAGUACACCAAUAAGUACUGCAACCGAAUCUAUAACUUCCGAAAAGUUUGACGACUAUCAUGAUGACUCCACAGACAAUGAUGGCAGCAAGCCGAUGUCCGAAAGUGAUGAAAAGAAGCCACCAUACAGUUAUAAUGCGCUAAUAAUGAUGGCUAUACAAGCUAGUCCAGAACAACGUCUUACAUUGAAUGGUAUUUAUCAGUAUUUGAUAAAGAGAUUUCCUUAUUUUAAAUUAAAUAAACGUGGUUGGCAAAAUUCCAUAAGACAUAAUCUAAGCCUCAAUAAAUGUUUCACGAAAAUACCACGCAGCUUCGAUGAUCCAGGCAAGGGUAACUAUUGGAUUCUCGAUCCAAGUGCAGAAGAAGUGUUCAUUGGCGAGACAACUGGAAAAUUGCGUAGAAAAAAUCCCAGUGCCACCCGUUCUCGUAUAGCCGCAUAUAGACAAGCUAUGUUUACACCUAUCUUAAAUAGUUACUGCACACCUGGUGCUAGUCCUUUCCUGAAUAAUCGAACACUUGGCAAUGAUUAUGUGAGAGCAGCAACAGUGGCCGCACUCUAUCAGAGGUUGACUCCAGCAUUUCCAGCUACAUAUCCAAAUAUGCAAAGUGCUCCUUACUUGCAGCUCAAUACGAGUAUGUCCACACCUUUCCAAGAUGUAGCAAUGCCCAGUGGACUAUUACAUCAUGCCGUGCAAUUUUUUGAAAAAUUUCCACUUAGCUAAGCUGACAAGGAAUUAAUACUUUAGGAUUGAAAAUCCAACAAUAAAGAUGACUGCUCACCGCCUACGCCAAGUGAAGAUGUUCUUCAGCAACAAUACCGAAAGAGGUCGAGACAGUUUAAACACUUGAGUAGUUAGGAAAAUCCAAAGAUCUAAAUAUUUUUCUCAGCUAUAAAACAGAAAGAGUUGAACACAGUUUGAACACUUCAGUGGCAGAUAGGAAAAUCCAAAGAUCAAAAGAUCCAAAGAAAGUUAGAAAAUCCAAAAAUAAAGUUGACUACUCAAUGCCCUCGCAAAGUGAAGGAGUUCAGGAAAGUUUAAAUACUUGAGUAGCAGAUGGGAUAAUAAAAAGAUCUGGUGGAAAGGCAACAUUCUAUAUGAUCUCUUCACUUGGCAUAUAUAGCUCAGCUACUAUAUCGGCACAAGAAAAAGAGUACAAAAGAAUAAAUAGAUAUCAAAAACAAAGAGAAAAUGUUAAGGUUGCACUAUAGUUAAUGAUAGACUACUGGCGAGACAGAGAGAGAGACAGAACCCAGUUAAAGACGAUUUGUACUAACCAUAAAUUGUUGAUGUGUCAAUUAGAUGUCAUCGUUUUGAUAUCAUUAUUUGAUUGAUUGAUUGAAAAUUAUUUAAUACUUAUUUGAUAUGAUAUGUAACAUAUUUGUC